GGGCUAUGAAAGGCCUCCGACAAUUACCAAAAUGGCGGACAACAAUCCCCCUGCUAGUUCGGCCGGAAAAGACAGCGGCAGUGCGAUCCAUGCUGACGUUGCCCCGACUUCACUCCCUUCACCUUCUGACAACCAGAGGGGCAGGUCUCAAGGCGGUCGAGGCGGUAGGGGGAGGGGUCAAGGCAGGGGCAACCGUAAAGGCUUUGGAGCAAAUGAUAAGGGUGGGCGCAAUAAGAGGAAUGACAUGGGGCGCGCGGAGUACAACCGGAAAAAUGUAGACAAGCGGAAACGAAAUGACGAAGACCAGGCUGCGAAGCGUCGGAAACUGGAAGAAGGAGGUGAAGUACCUGCAGCGCCAUUUACGAAAGAAGAGAUCGAGGCCGAAACCCGAAAACCAAAGCGAAAGGUUGCUGUCCUAAUUGGCUAUGCUGGAUCUGGCUACAAGGGUAUGCAGAUUAAUGCUCAAGAGAAGACAAUAGAGGGAGAUCUGUUUAAUGCCUUCAUCAAAGCUGGUGCAAUAUCGAAAGCCAACGCUGAUGAUCCAAAGAAGUCAUCAUUGGUCAGAUGCGCCCGCACAGAUAAGGGUGUGCAUGCCGCAGGGAAUGUCAUCUCGUUGAAGCUUAUUGUGGAGGAUCCAGAUGUUGUUCAGAAGAUCAAUGAGCACCUGCCUCCUCAGAUUCGAGUAUGGGGGUAUGAACGAACAAAUGGCUCAUUUAGCUGUUACCAGACCUGCGACUCAAGAUGGUACGAGUACCUGAUUCCGACCUUCUCUUUUCUUCCACCACAUCCACGAAGCUAUCUCGCAAAGAAGUUAGAAGAGUCUGCUGAGAAAGAAGGCACUAUGGAAGCAUAUAAAGCACUACAAGAGGAUGCAGCCUCGUUCUGGGAGGCCACUGAGGAAACUUAUGUUAAGCCUAUACUAGACAAGCUCGACCCUGAGACGGCAGGAAACGUAAUGGCAGCUAUCCACAGCUCAGAGGAAGAAUCCGAAGCGGACAACAUGUCAAAGAGCUCUCAGAAACAGAAAUCCGAGUCGAAGGACACCAAUGGGGAGGUGACAGAGCCUGCUGUCUCGUCGGAGAACCAGCCAAAAGAAGGCGAAGUUAAUGGAGAGGUGCAGACAGAGUCCUCCAGACCUCCACUGAGUCCGCUUGAAGCCGCCAUUAAGGAAGUCAAAGCAGCUUACAUCAAGGCCAAAAAGGCAUAUCGCAUAUCCGAAAAGCGCCGGCUUAGAGUUCAAGAAGCCCUCAAUGCUUACGUAGGAACACGAAACUUUCACAACUACACAAUUCAGAAGUCUUUCUCUGAUCCCUCCGCUAAGCGGUUAAUACGCUCCUUCAACGUCGGGAAGGAUCCUGUCAUCAUCAACGACACUGAGUGGUUAUCUCUGAAAGUUCACGGUCAGUCUUUUAUGAUGCAUCAGAUCCGAAAGAUGGUGGCCAUGGCAGCUCUUGUGGUGAGAUGCGGUUCUCCAAUCAGCAUUAUCCAUGAUAGUUAUGGUCCUGCCAAUAUCAGCAUUCCCAAAGCUCCAGGGCUUGGCUUGUUGCUCGAGAGACCGGUCUUCAACAGUUACAAUGAGAGAGCUGCUAGGGACUUCGGCCGGGAGAAAAUAGAUUUUGAUAAAUACCAGAAGGAGAUGGACGAGUUCAAGCAAAGAGAGAUCUAUGACAGGAUCUUCCGGGAGGAGGAGCAGGAUCAUCAAUUUCACGCCUUCUUCCACCACAUCGAUCAUUACCGGACUGAUUACUUCUUGUGGGUUACGGCAUCAGGUGUAUCUGCUGCUAAGCAGAGCAAGACGAGAAAGGAGGACGCUAGCGAAGACGAAGCUGAUCCCAAUGGUGAGGAAGGCUGAGACCAUGGUCAAUGAAAUGAGCGGGGAAAAGGGGGUUUUGACCGAACAUAGCAUGUGUGUCGGACUAUAAUCUGAACACCCACGGUGGUAUUAUCGACAGAAAAAGUUAAGAAUAAAAGAAAAGAAAGUGUGUUUCCCCCUAUCUAUAUCUCUAUAUAC